GGGUCACUGUACAGUCCGAGGGGCCAAAGCCAAAGAGAUUCUGGAGAAGGGCCUGAAGGUGCGAGAAUAUGAGUUAAGGAAAAAUAAUUUCUCAGAUACUGGCAACUUUGGCUUUGGGAUCCAAGAGCAUAUCGAUCUGGGCAUUAAAUAUGACCCGAGCAUUGGCAUCUAUGGCUUGGACUUCUAUGCGGUGCUGGGCAGACCUGGCUUCAGCAUUGCAGACAAGAAGCGUAGGACAGGCUGCAUCGGGGCCAAACACAGAAUUGGCAAAGAGGAAGCCAUGCACUGGUUCCAGCAGAAGUAUGAUGGCAUCAUCCUUCCUGGCAAAUAAAGUCCUGUUUUCUAUUAAAAGAUCAAUAAAAUGAUCACCGAA